AUGCCAUCCUCAACCGCACCCCCCGAAUCUACCUCUUUCCUCCUCAGCUACCCAACGCCCCAAAUCCUACUCAUUACAAUCAAUCGUCCCAAAGCCAUGAAUUCUAUUCCCAGCUUUGCCCAUUGGGAAGCCGAUGCGAUUCUCAAAUGGUUCGACAAUUCUCCCGAACUACGCGUUGCGAUCAUUACCGGAGCAGGAGAAAAAGCAUUUUGCGCCGGCCAAGAUCUAAUCGAACAAGCGAAAGUCAAAGCCGAUCCUCCACCCAUGCCAACAACUAAGCAUCCCACGAGUGGAUUCUGUGGCAUUAGUAGACGUGCGGGGAAAAAGCCGAUCAUUGCGGCUGUGAAUGGUGAUUUGGUUGUUGCUUCACCGUUGGCAACAUUUGGCCUUCCUGAGGCAGCUGUAGGAUUAUAUGCUGCAGCUGGUGGUCUUCCGCGCUUAGUGCGCAAUUGUGGACUUCAGAUCGCUACGGAAAUUGCAUUGACUAAUCGAAGGCUAAGUGCCAAAGAAGCACUCUCAUAUAAUCUAAUCAAUAAAAUUACGCAAUCACCAGAAACGUUACUGAAGGAGAGUGUGGAGAUGGCAGAGAAGAUCGUAGCUUUAAAUCCAGAUGCUGUUAUUGUGUCAAGGGCAGGAUUGAGAGAAGCGUGGGAGACGGGGAGUGUGGAAAGGGCUACACAAAUUGUUGCACAGAGAUAUGAUCAGCAAUUGUUUGAGGGUGAGAAUAUGAAAAUUGGAUUAGAGGCGUUUGCGCAAAAGAAGAAACCCUUGUGGGUGCCGAGUAAGAUAGAGGGUAUUAUCAAAUUACUGGGAAGCCAUCUAGAAUUUACAUUUGAGGAUAGAGAUGUCAAGACAUUGCAUUCUUAUUUUGAAUGA